AUGGCUUCACCACGAGUCUUUCUGGAUGUGGCCGCUGAUGGUCAGCCAUUAGGAAGGAUUGUUGUUGAGUUGAAAGCUGAUGUCACGCCCAAGACAUGUGAGAACUUCAGAGCUCUAUGUACUGGUGAGAAAGGCUUUGGAUACAAGGGCUCCACCUUCCACCGUGUCAUCCCCAACUUCAUGCUUCAAGCAGGUGACUUCACAAACCACAAUGGCACUGGUGGCAAGUCCAUCUACGGUGAGAAGUUUGCUGACGAGAACUUUGUCCUGAAGCACACCGGACCUGGUGUCCUCUCUAUGGCCAACGCUGGACCCAACACCAACGGCUCCCAAUUCUUCGUCACCACUGUUAAGACCUCAUGGUUGGACGGCAGGCACGUCGUAUUUGGAAAUGUGGUAGAAGGCAUGGAUGUUGUCAAGAAGGUUGAGUCCUUCGGCUCUCAAUCUGGCAAGCCAUCCAAGAAAGUUAUCAUCUCUGACUGUGGUCAACUGUCUUAA